GGAACUCACUCUGUAGACCAGGCUGGGCUCUGACCUUGAACUCACAGAGGUCCACCUGCCUGUGCUUCCCAAGUGCUGGAAUUAAAGGUGUGCACCAUCAUCGCCUGCUUCAAAUUUAGUCUUAUACGAUAGUUUGACUUUGGGGAGGAGGUCUGAACAUCCACAUGAAUUAUAGAAUUAUCCCUUUUAAGGCUGUCUUCCAGACUCGAGAUCCUCCUGCCUCUGCCUCUGCCUCUGCCUCUGCCUCCCAGAGUGCCGGGAUUAAAGGUGUUCGCUACCUGCCGGCAUGCUCGUUGUUUUCCAUAAGGAAGCUAGCUGGGUUUCUAUCAGGGAUUGUUCCUAAUCUGCAGACCAAAGGCUGAGGUGAAGGCCUCUGGAGGUAUAGUGCUUUAGGCAAACACUGUACCAUGAACUAUACCCUAGUCCACAACUUUAAGACUGUUACCAUGAACAUGUUUUUCCUUUUAUUUAGGCCUUUGGUUAUUUGUAUAUGCUGUGUUAGCAGGCCUCUGCAACCACCAGGACAUGCAAAGGGUUGAUCUGUGAGGGGCAAGAAGGAAAUCCAGUUCACCAUGACUCAGUAGCCGGUACUGGUUCAAACUUCUAGAAUCUGACACUGGGAAGUUUAUUGUAGGCGUAGUAAAGUACAGCACAGUUUGAGGAAAAGUUUCCUGCUGUAACAAUCCCUGUGUACAAAAAAGCAUAAUUAGAUCAGAACUCUUCUCAGUUCUAGAGAUAGACUACUUAUAUUAUCUCAAAGCCUAGAGGAAGAUUUGGUCUCCAUCCCAUCAUACAGAUACAUAGAGGUCAUCAUCUGGGCUGUUAGCCAUCUCUGGUUCUGGUUGUGGGAGCUUGGGGUAGCCAGGUAUGGUCUGGCUGCAUAGAUAGCACAGGGGUCACCUAGGCUAUUAGCUACCUCCUGUACCAACCUUCUAAGCAGAAGUUCUACAUCUUUUUCUUUGGUAGGACAACCCUGUAUGUUUAACAUUCUUGGUGCUAUUUCUGAGUACAAGGGCAUUUAUGCUCCCAAAACAUGUAUUGUUUUGGUUUUGGUAGAACUCAUAUGUAUAUAUAUAUGUAUAUAUAUGACUGUCCUGUCGUGGAUCUAGCUCUCUGUGUAGACUAGGUUGGUCUCAAACUCACAGAGAUCUGCCUCCUGAGUUCUGGGGUUAAAGGCAUAUACCAUCAAGCCAAGUAUUUCUUCCUAGUUUUUUUUUUAAUAAUUUUUUUGAGAUUUAUGUGUAUGGGUUUAUUUAUUUUAUAUGUAUUGUUUUAUCUAAAUCUAUAUCUGUUCUAUAUGUGGGAAAUGCCAAAAGAAGGUGUCAGAUUCCCCUGGAAGUGAAGUUACAGGCAGCCAUGUGGGUGCUGAGAAUCAAACUCAAGUACUCUGGAAGAGCAGUCAAUCCUCUUAACUCUAUCUCCUUCUUCCUUCAUUUUGAGACAAGAUCUGAAUAUGUGGCCCAGGCUGGCCUCACAUUUGUGAACCUCUUGCCUCAGUCCCCCUAGGCUAGAAUUACAGGGAUACACCACCAUGCCCAACCCCAGGAACUAAGACAUAAAAUUCUCAUUAACUAAAAAAUUAUGGUUGGGGGGAGUGUGCUGUGGCACAUAUGUGGUGGUCAGAGGACAACUUUGUGUAAGUGUUCUCUUCUUCCACCUUUAUGUAGAUUCUGGGGCUUGUACUGAGGUUGUCAGACUUGCAAGGCAAGCACUUUUACCCGCUGAGUCAUCUUUUAGGUCCCUUUUUUUUGGGAGCGGGAGCAAGGGUCUUAUGUAACUCAUGUUGGCCUUGAAUUCUAUAUGCAGCCAAGGAUAGCCUUGAACUCCUUAUUCUUGCCUCUGCCUCCCAAGUACGGGGAUUCUAGGUGACACUGACUGUGUCUAGCUCCAUACACUCCCCUACUCCUUACUUUUUUGACAGCAUUGUCAGGUAUGAACUUCACCCUGUUUCAAAGUCAAGAUUUCUUAGGGACAGCCUUAGGGCUCUAUCUUACAGCCUACCUCAACCCUGGGUAAUUUCUCUAAGCUGUGCUGUGGACAAUGGUGCACUUCCUCCUGGCUGGCCCUGCUGCCUAAAAAGCAGGGUACUGGGACAGGACGGCGGUCUCUGGCAUUUUCUGCUUGCCUCUUCCUAUGAAUGUGCUGGAGCUUGGACCAUAUGCUUCUCAGCCUGCUAGGCCUGAAGUAGAACCUCCAUUUCAUCUGUCAGUAGGACAGGCGAGAAGAAAGACCCUGGUUAGUCAGUCACUCAACAGAAAUCCAGCCUGUGCACUGUGGAGUGGGUGGGAGAUGAGGAAUGCGGAGAACCUGCUCUUCUAGGCAGACACUAGCUUUGACAGGGAGCUGUGGCAGCAAGAGCCUCACUGGACAUGUGCCCACAGCACUGGAGACUUGCAGGUUCUACUCUUUCUCCAUGUUCUCACCAAGAUUUGCUAGAUUUUCUUCAACUCUUUCAUUUUCUAUCUUUAGUAACAUAUCCAAAGAUUAAGAUGGUUGUAUAGUUUUCAUCUGUUGUACCUGUUUCUGGGGGAAAGGUCACAAGUCUCCUCAUUGUAUAUGCGUAUUCUAGAAGAGAGUCAAGUUUUGGAACUCAGAAGCUGUUUUUACUGUGGAGUUGGUGAUGAGAGACGGCAUGGUUUUUCUGUCUCAGGGCCUUGGGAGAGGCUGCAGAAAGAAGGCUGAAUGGGCACCUCCAGAGCUGCUGGCUUAUACUAUCCCCUGCUGGGUAUGAGGCCUUUGGAGAUACAGGCUCAUGGUUCUGACUUCUUAUUUAUGUCACCUCCAAGCUAGAGAUAGCACAGUGUACAGGUGUGUGAUGGCUGUUCUUCUUUUCUGCAGGUACUUGUGGUCCACACGACCUUCAUGUGCAAAGUAGAACGUGUGUGUGGCAAAGAAGUGGCUCUCUUGUGGGCCACAGAAUCAAGCACUGUUUGAGUGGACACAUUGCUCUGUGCUCUGAUCCUAUAGUAUUGGCCAUGUCCAUGCCCACUGAGGGUACCCCACCGCCCCUAAGUGGUACCCCCAUCCCAGUUCCAGCCUAUUUCCGACAUGCAGAACCUGGUUUCUCCCUCAAAAGACCUGGGGGCCUGAGCCGGAGCCUUCCACCUCGGCCCCCUGCCAAGGGCAGCAUUCCUAUCAGCCGUCUCUUCCCUCCUCGGACCCCAGGCUGGCACCAGCCCCAGCCCCGGAGGGUGUCAUUCCUGAGUGAGACCUCAGAGACCCUUCAGAGUCCUGGGUAUGACCCAAGCCGGCCAGAGUCCUUCUUUCAGCAGAACUUCCAGAGGCUUAGCCGCCUAGGUCAUGGCUCCUAUGGAGAGGUCUUCAAGGUGCGCUCCAAGGAAGAUGGCCGACUCUAUGCUGUUAAACGCUCCUUGUCUCCAUUCCGAGGCCCCAAAGACCGAACUCGCAAGCUGGCUGAGGUAGGAGGCCAUGAGAAGGUGGGGCAGCACCCACACUGUGUGAGACUGGAACAGGCCUGGGAGGAGGGCGGCAUCUUAUACCUACAGACGGAGCUCUGUGGGCCAAGUCUGCAGCAACACUGUGAAGCCUGGGGGGCCAGCCUGCCAGAAGCCCAGGUUUGGGGCUACUUGCGGGACACUCUUCUGGCUCUGGAUCAUCUACAUAGUCAAGGUCUAGUUCACCUUGAUGUCAAGCCUGCCAACAUCUUCUUGGGGCCCCGGGGCCGCUGCAAGCUGGGUGACUUUGGACUUCUGGUGGAUCUGGGUUCAACUGGCGCUGGUGAGGCCCAGGAGGGAGACCCUCGUUACAUGGCCCCAGAACUGCUGCAGGGCUCCUAUGGGACAGCCGCAGAUGUGUUCAGUCUGGGUCUCACAAUCUUGGAAGUGGCCUGCAACAUGGAACUACCCCAUAGUGGGGAGGGCUGGCAGCAGCUGCGUCAGGGAUACUUGCCCCCUGAGUUCACUGCUGGUCUGUCUUCUGAGCUUCGUUCUGUCCUCACCAUGAUGUUGGAGCCUAACCCCCAUCUGCGAGCCACAGCUGAGGCCCUGCUGGCCCUGCCCAUGCUGAAGCAGCCACGUUCUUGGAAUGUUCUGUGGUAUAUGGCUGCAGAAGCCCUAAGUCGAGGUUGGGCCCUGUUACAGGCACUGAUCACUCUGCUAUGCUGGUUCUGGCAUGGUCUGGCUCAUCCUGCCAGUUGGCUGCAGCCUCCAGGCCCACCGGCAACACCGCCUGGCUCUCCACCUUGCAGCCCACUCCUGGACAGCAGCCUUUCCAGCUGGGAUGACAGCAUAGGUCCCUCACUGUCCCCAGAGACCAUCCUGUCCCGGAUCACUAGAAGAACCUCUACCCCUCGAGGCAGGUACAAACCAAGGGAUGCCCUAGACCUAACUGACAUGGACUCAGAGCCUCCUAGAGGUCCCUGCCCCACCUUUGAGCCACGGAACCUCCUCAGCCUGUUUGAGGACUCACUAGACCCAGCCUGAGUCACAGGCCCAGCCUUGGUGCUUUUAAAUCUCUGACCCUCUUUCCUACCUCUCCUCCGAAAACUUCUGUAUUAAUAAAAAGUGAUGAAUCUUGGGAACACCCAAGGUUGCUCAUGUGGCUACAAUA